GGCAGCGGAAGUGCAGCUUGCUUUACAUCCGUCCUCCCGCCUUGCAGAGUUGGGAGAAGGAAGGUUGAGGGGUUGUGGAAAAAUAAAAGGAAAAGCCCCUAUACCAUGUAAAGCAUUGCCCCCCGCCCUGCCAUCCCGGCCGGCCGGGGAUACCCCCAGUCUUUGGCCAUGAACGCGAACAGCGAGGGCGAGAGCUUCCCGGGCUCCGUGCAAAUUCCAGGAGGCACCACGGUGCUGGUCGAGCUGACCCCCGACAUCCACAUCUGCGGCAUUUGCAAGCAGCAGUUCAACAACCUGGACACCUUCGUGGCGCACAAGCAGAGCGGCUGCCAGCUGCCCAGCGUGCCUGGGGCGGCCCCCAACACCGUGCAGUUCGUGGCGGAGGAAACGGUGCCGGCCGCGCAGGCGCAGACCACCAGAACCAUCACCUCGGAGACUCAGACGGUCACAGUGUCAGCUCCCGAGUUUGUCUUCGAGCACGGCUACCAGACGUACCUGCCCACGGAGAGCAGUGAGAACCAGACCGCCACCGUCAUCGCUCUGCCCGCCAAGUCACGCGCCAAGAAGCCUGCGGCCCCACCUGCUCAGAAGAGGCUGAACUGUUGCUACCCAGGUUGCCAGUUCAAGACCGCUUACGGCAUGAAGGACAUGGAGCGCCACUUAAAAAUUCACACAGGAGACAAACCCCACAAAUGCGAAGUCUGCGGCAAGUGCUUCAGCCGGAAGGACAAGCUGAAGACCCACACGCGCUGCCACACGGGCGUGAAGCCCUACAAGUGCAAGACGUGUGACUACGCGGCCGCCGACAGCAGCAGCCUGAACAAGCACCUGCGCAUCCACUCGGACGAGCGGCCCUUCAAGUGCCAGAUCUGCCCCUACGCCAGCCGCAACUCCAGCCAGCUCACCGUGCACCUGCGCUCCCACACAGGGGACGCCCCCUUCCAGUGCUGGCUCUGUAGCGCCAAGUUCAAAAUCAGCUCGGACUUGAAAAGGCACAUGCGCGUGCACUCGGGGGAGAAGCCUUUCAAGUGCGAGUUCUGCAACGUCCGCUGCACCAUGAAGGGGAACCUCAAGUCCCACGUCCGCAUCAAGCACAGCGGGAACAACUUCAAGUGCCCGCACUGCGACUUCCUGGGUGACAGCAAAGCCACCCUCCGGAAGCACAGCCGGGUGCACCAGUCCGAGCACCCCGAGAAGUGCGCCGAGUGCAGUUACUCCUGCUCCAGCAAGGCGGCGCUGCGCAUCCACGAGCGCAUCCACUGCACCGACCGCCCCUUCAAGUGCAGCUACUGCAGCUUCGACACCAAGCAGCCCAGCAACCUGAGCAAACACGUGAAGAAGUUCCACGGGGACAUGGUCAAGACCGAGGCCUCGGAGAGGAAAGACACGGGCCGCCAGAGCAGCCGGCAGGUGGCCAAGCUGGACGCCAAGAAGACUUUCCACUGUGACAUAUGUGACGCCUCCUUCAUGCGGGAGGACUCUCUGCGGAGCCACAAGAGGCAGCACAGUGAGUACAGUGAGAGCAAGAACUCGGACGUGACCGUCCUGCAGUUCCAGAUCGACCCCAGCCGGCAGCCGGCCACGCCCCUCACGGUGGGGCCCCUCCAGGUGCCGCUCCAGCCCAGCCAAGUGCCCCAGUUCAGCGAGGGGAGAGUCAAAAUCAUCGUGGGGCAUCAGGUGCCCCAGGCAAACACCAUCGUCCAGGCCGCCGCCGCGGCUGUGAACAUCGUGCCCUCCGCCCUGGUGGCCCAGAGCCCAGAGGAGCUCCCGGGGAAUGGCCGGCUGCAGAUCCUGCGCCAGGUCAACCUGAUCGCCCCUCCUCCAUCCUCCGGGUGUCCGAGCGAGGCGGGCGCGCUGGCCCAGCCGGCAGUCCUGCUGACCACGCACGACCAGGCGGAUGGAGCCACUCUGCACCAGACCCUCAUCCCCGCUGCCCCCGGCAGUGCCCAGGAAGGCUCCAGCGGCCAGACUUUCAUCACCAGCUCUGGCAUCACCUGCACUGACUUCGAAGGCCUUAACGCUCUGAUUCAGGAGGGGACGGCCGAGGUGACGGUGGUGAGCGACGGCCAGAACCUCGCCGUGGCCACUGCGGCCCCACCCAUGUUCUCCUCCGCCCCGCCAGAGCUACCCAAGCAGACUUACUCCAUCAUUCAGGGAGCGGCCCACCCAGCCUUGCUGUGCCCAGCGGACUCCAUACCAGAUUAGUGCUUACAACACAAAAGAAAGGGGGUUGGGUGUGACCAGAAAGUGUCAGACAGAGAAUUCCGUGAAAGGUGUGCCCUUUAUGUUUCUAAAGGUGAUCGUGAGAACACGCCCGCCCCUGUCAUAAACUGUAAUUUUAUACUGCUUACUAUAAUUUUUUUAAUGCUGUAAUACCUUUGAGACCCCCCUGUGAAUCACGGUGUUGUAACUUGUAGAGAGAAUCUCAAAUGUUACCAGGCUGAUUCCGAGCAGGGGUUGGAACCCAGUGCACUGAGGAGUGAGCACAUCUGCUUCCAAGCUGAUCUCCCAACUCCAAUAAUGGACUUUUCCACCUCGUUAAUCUUGUGUAGCAGAUGGUACUUCCCAGCCUUUCUUACGUGCCAUUCUGAAAUACCCACCCCCCACCAAGUGUGGGGCACUGGUGGUUUAAGUACAUGGAUACAAAGCUCUGGCAUGAAGGACCAUUUUCUACAUAAUGUUACAUGGGCAUUUGACCAAAACAAAAAAAAAAAGUUUAGUGUUAAUGAGAUGAAUGGGAAUGGUUUUCUAAUAAAUUGAGACAUGAUGAAAAUAGACUGAAUGUUCAUGAUUCUGUAGUCACGGUGUGAUUUGGGGUUGAGGGGAUGUGAAUUCUCAUAUUAAAGAGAACUUGAAGAAGCAAA